AUGGAUGAAUUUGAUGAAAAUGGUUGGGCUCAUGUACAUCACGCAGCUUACAAUGGCUAUUACAAGAGUGUUAGUCGUUUCAUAAAAUCCAGAGAGGACCAAUUAGAGCUUGAGACUCAAGAUGGACAACAGCUGACUCCAUUUCUACUAGCGUGUAUGAACGGCCAUGCUGACACCGUACAACUUCUGGCGGAAGAGUUGGGUGCUAAUCUCAAGGCUAAAGAUCGAAAACUGUUUGGCGCUGUGGAGCUUGCAGCAUUGAAGGAUCACAUUGGCGUUUUGGAGUAUCUUUUAAAGUUGGACAGUCCAGAUCUCGAAGUGUGGAAAAAUCUUAUUCGUGGUCUGUCGGUAAGUGAUCUGGAGACAUCGUGCGCUAAAGCACUAGUGGAACUUACGAGUGAGGGAAACUCUGAUCAUUUAGAAUCGUUUUUAAAUGCCGGAGGAGUCCAAGCUCUCUUAGGAUUAUUGAAAAAUUCAUUAUCCAGCGUAGAGUCAAAUAUAUUUGCUCUUUCUGUGUUGCUGAAUCUUGUUGAGGACGAAAGAGGUAAGGAACAACUUUCUAAAAGCAAAGCUGUUCCUCCAAUUAUUUUACAACUUACCGACACCCCACGAGAUGUUUAUCUUCCUGCUACAAGGCUGCUUGAGGCCUUGGCAUAUAAUGAUGACAACAAAGAGGCUACAGUUAACAAUGGUGGAAUAGAAUCAUUGGUGAGGUUACUCCAGCACACCGAGGACGAAGAGGUGGUGGAAUCAGCCCUAAGUACAUUAAGAGUGUUAUCCAUCUCAAAUUCUGAGGUACAAGCAACUGUGGGGAGUAAUAAUGAAAUAUGGAACUCACUGGUCAGCUUGCUAACAACAGUGAAAAACAAACAUGUGCUAGCUGCUGUGGCGAAAACAGUGGGUGCUAUUGUCAAGGGAAACAUGGCUAAUCAAAAUGCAUUUGUGGCUAAAAAUGGAGUACAGCCAUUGAUGGAAUUGAUGCGAUUGCGAUCAAGAGAAUGCCAAUUUGCUUCAGUUGAAGGAAUUCAUGCACUAGCAGAAGGUAAUGAGAGCAAUCAGAGAAUUGUAACAGAACAUGGAUGCGUUAUGAUGCUGAUGCGACUGUUGAAGCGAUCCAGAGCAGCUGAUUUAAGAACACUCACAGCAGGAGCACUCUGGGCAAUUGCUGGGGAAAAGAAUGUACAGAGACGGUCCAUUGCAGCAGAAAUUGGGAUUAACCUCCUCAUUGAAUUUCUAUCUGAGAAUUUACCUCAGAGCUUACACUUCAUUGGCUCAGAAGCUCUUGGUGUUCUUGCAGAGGGAGUCAGAAACAAAAGGGAUGAAAUUGCCCAAGCAAAUGGUGUGAUGCCAUUGGUUCGUCUUUUGGGGAAAUCCAACACACCAGCAUACAUUAUCCUAAGUGUGCUACAGACAUUACGUGCACUGUGUCUCUGCCUUAGCUUCAGACCUCAUAUCCAAAAUCAAGAUGCUGUUACUAGGGAAGGGGGCCUGAAAUUUCUGAUCAGAUACAUGGUGCAAGCAAGACAGGACAUUAUCAAAGCAGAAGCUUCCUAUACUCUUGGCUGUGUUUGUUUGAGAAACUCUACCAACAUGAAAGCAACGCUGGAUCAUAAAGACUUCAGCUUUGUUCAUAUUUUGCGACAGCUUUAUGAUGAUGAUGAAGAGGUGCACCUUCUUGCUGGAGCUGCACUCUCUGUUUUUGCUUACAAUAAUGUGGCCAACCAAAGAAAUAUUGCAGUGUCUGGGGGAGUAAGGUACCACAGCUUUGUCCCAUUCUUGGAGCAGAAAAAUGAAAGGUUAGCUACCUAUACAGCAUUUCAAGUGGUGGUUUUAUCCCGGAUCAUUCCAGAUGAGGACCAAUCUUUGACCUCAGCAACUGGAAUUAAAAUGUUGGUGUCACUUCUUGACUCAACUACAGAAGACAUCCAAUGUGCUGCUGCAAAUUUUAUUGGAGGACUUGCUCAUUCAAGAGCAGGAAUUCCAGGUGCCAUUAUCUCCAUAGGAACUAUUCCCAUACUGGGCAAACUGUUGACAUCACAGUAUGAAACUGUGCAGGCAGCAGCUGCAGUUGCCCUGGGUUACUUGAGCUAUGACAGUAUUGGGGAAAGACAGCUUCUAAGUUUGUGCCGGCAUGAUCCUUUUCUUUAUGAAGUGAUUCAGUUUCAUGCAGGAAAAGUGAAACUGUCUCGACAAUUUGUUGAGAGAUGGCAACACUGCAAGAGAAUUGGUCUUCCUCCCAUAAUGUGAGUGAAACUAUUUUUUGAGUGUACCACUGAUCUAUGUAGUUUAUGUGCAUGUCCUAUAUGAUUGUUUCACGUAGAAAUUGCAGUGAAGCAGGGCUGUUCUUGUGCUCCAGUCGUGAACCCAAGUCUCACAGACUUCUAACUUUUACUUUUAAGCAACCUGUUUGAUUACUUGUACACCCUAAUUUGUAUUAAAGCUUUCUUGAACAAGGAACCCCCAAAGUUUUUAAGCAAGAGUCUUCAGGCACCCAGUGAUUCUUAACAGAACACAGCUUUGUAAGACUGCUGAACAUGCAUGUUUUUUAAAUUACUCUCAACUGGUUAUUUUCAUUUAUUUCCAAAUCAAAACUUCAAACUGGCAGGGAAUUCUUCUUAUUGGUCAAUUUUUCACAGAAUUUUUGAAAUGUUAACCUUCCAGCUUUUCCUUUGCUAAGGUAGCUUAAGUUUUAUUCUGAAACAGUUAUUGCAGCCAAGCCCAACAGAAUUUAAUAAUGUUUCAAAGAAAUUAUACUGAGACAAUAACAGUGUACAUAAAUGCAAUUCAUCACUUGUCUUUUUAAUACAGACUUUUUCAUCCAAUGUCUAUCAUUUUUGUGGGUAAGAAAUGAGCAAAUUCACAUAUUUGUAUCAGAAAUAUGUGUAGUUUAAGUGAUUUGCAUUGAGAGAUACAAUUAUAAUGAUAUUUAGAAAAUUAUUAUUUGGCUGAUGAAUGUUUUAUUUCUUUUUUCUUUCAGGAAAAAGCCUGAUCCAUUUCUGUCUGUGGGUCAGAAGAUGGUAACAGCUCAUUUUGCACUGGAUGCUGAGCAAACAUUUACAGUUGCCAGCACUAAUGAUUCACCAGUGGUUGCCUCAGAUGGAUUGCCUGAACGGAAAUUAUCUGCCACAACCAGUAUGAGAACUGGUACAAUUUUGAGACUUCCAAUAGCAUAAAAAAUGGUUAUAUUGAUAGUAGGAUGAAAAACAACUGUGCUUGAAAUGUGGUCAAAUAGUUUUCUGUAAGUUAAGAAUAUAUUCAAUGCUGAAGGCCUUCUAUAACUACCUCAUGUAUCAAUUCAAAAAACUAUAUUAUCUUAGGACAUUAAGAUAUUCACUAGAGUACUGGGAUUCCAUAGAAAUUAGCAUAAACUUCAAAGGAUUUUGUGAAACCGUGGUGCUGCAUCAAAUGAGUUGAUAGAAUAAAUUGGCCUUUAUAAAGAGUUUUAAAGCUGAUGUUUCAAGAGUUAUUUCUUUGCCAUUUGCUCUGAGGAAGGGCUAACACUCCAAACAUCAGCUUUGAAACUCUUUACAGCAGCCAACUUACAUUAUCAACUAAGUUGAUAAUACUAAAUGAACCUGUUAACCGUAGCUACAAUCAGGAAGUGCAUUGUUGUUCUGAAAGUCAUAUUGUGUCGUGUAAGCUGCAGGAUAUGAUAUUAAUACAAACCCAAGAGAAGUGCUGUAUUUGAGCUUCUGAUUCUUUUUCCAGUUUCUUAUACAUCCCAAGUGCUUCUAAACAGUUGACAUUAAUCCACAGCCCUCUGAGUUGUGCAUACUUGCACAGUUAAUUUAGAGACCAUAGAUGAUUUCUCAAGCUUUUAAGUCAAACAGAUUAGCUGAUAUUGUAAUUUUACGAUGUUGUAGUACUUUUGUUAAUAACUAACUUCUUUGGACCAAUGCCAGUAGGCCAAUUUCUGCAGGAUCUCUCCAUGUUGAACAUUAUCGUACAUUAAUUAAGAACAAUUUGAUGUCCUCUUUGUUAUUCAUU